AUGGCCACCGUUAUUACUAUCCAGCCUUCCUCGGCUGGCACCUCAUCGCCUUAUCCCCAAAACUAUCAUUCUCCUCCAGACCAUCUUCGCCGACGGACUCAAACUGCCUCAACGCCACUGUCGCCCUCCCCCGUUUCCGUCCAUUCAACUCUCGCCCGUGCCCCGGGCCGGGAUGGAGCUAGCUGUGACGCCUGUCUCCGCAGAAAGAGCAGGUGUGCUAUGAACGAAAUGGUCAAUAAGUGCUACUCGUGCGACUUUCAUCGCCAAGACUGCACAUUCACUCUCUCAGGCGAGGCCCCGUCGAAGAAGAGGAAGCUGGACGACUCGGCGCAGGAGCAGGUAGAAUCGGCCAAACGACCAUCCACGGUUCAAUCGGCAGUCUCUGUUCCUGACGACGCUGCUCGCUCGCAUCCCAUCUCCAACAUGAUUCGCCCCGGCUUUUUUAACCAGUCGACCCAGCAUAUCGGUCUGACUACCGAGCUGGAGCCGGCUUUGCUCGAUUAUCUCCCCUUGGAUGAGUAUGGCGAGUGUACCGUCUCGACGUCGCGCGUACGCCGGUGCGCCGACGAUGGUACGUUUAUGCGCGUCGUUGACGCCGUCCCCGUUGGUGACUCGCAGGCCGUGUCACUCGAUGCGAUUGAGAGCCUGGUUGCUCCGUACGGCGCCACCUUGAUCGAAAAGUUCUUUGACCACGUGCACCCUUCGUUCCCCAUCUUGGUCGAGGAGGCCUUCCGGCAAUCAUACCGGGAGCGCCGUGGGCUGUCCCCACUGCUUCUGGCGGCAGUGUAUGUCUUGACGCUGAAGUUUGUCGAUGUCGGCACGGCUUCGCAGACCGUGCGCCGGCCGGAUGCGGCGCGGUUGGAAAGCACUGCCAUGAAGCUACUUAUGGAUUCGUUCCCCUUCCCGAGUGUGUCAACGAUCCAGGCCGGGUUGUUGCUGACCCAAAAGUCCACGUUGGCCACGGCCUCACUGAAUGGGCAGCUGGUCACGGCGGGCUUUGAACUUGGGCUGCACCAGGACUGUUCGGACUGGCGGAUGGAGACCUGGGAGAAGGGUCUGCGGAAACGGCUGGCAUGGGCUCUGUACAUGCAGGACAAAUGGUCUGCUCUUGUGCAUGGAAGACCUUCGCACAUCUUUGCAUUCAACUGGACGGUCAAGGAUCUAGUCGAGCAGGAUUUCUCCGAUGCCUUUGCCUCGGGCACGGACUCCUCCCACAACGAGGCGGAUGUAGGACACGGUCCUCUGCUUUUCUGUCAUAUGGUCGCUCUGACCACCAUCUUGUCCGAUAUCCUCGACCGUUUCUACACGCUUCAUGCCAUCCAGGAAUUCCACGCAGCCGGGAACCACCGCACGCGCAUGAUCCUGGAAAAGGCCAAACCCGCGCAAAUUCGCCUGAAAGACUGGUUCUCCAACUUGCCGCCUUCACUGAAGAUGGAGUCAUCUUCCGGGGAGCUGGUCGAGACCAUCACAGACGAGCAUGCCCGCAACGGGGCCCUGCAUCUUGCCUACUUCGCUACCGAAAUCACCCUGCACCGAUGUAUCGUUCGGUCUUUGUCUACCAGUGGCACCGACUCCUACCUGGCACACAUCUGCCGUUCAGCUGCCAAGACGCGUCUCAUCUCCGCCAUGGACUUUGUCAACCGCCUGCGGCCCGCUCAUCUGCAGUCCUUCUGGCCCGCAUCUGCCCGCACAAACUUCUCGCUGAUCGGCUCCUUCGGCAUGCUGCUGCACAUCUCCGCCCCAACCAAGGAGGAGGCCGAUUUCUACCGCGUGCGGCUCUGCGAGUACCGCUGGACCCUGAGCGUCAGCCACAAAAACGCCGAGUUCAUGGGCUUUGCCCUUGAGAGUCUCGACAACGCCACCACCCUUGGCAAGCACGUCCCCACCAAGCCCGGUAUCGAAGAGCUGAUGGCCAACUCUAAGCCCGUAUCGCGUCUGCCUCCCACUGUUCCUGCCUCCUAUGACGAGGCCGUGAUGGAUGCCGACGGCCACGGCGGAGCAGGGUCGUCGUCUGUGAUCUCGGGUCUUGCUUCGCCGGCUACCUCGGCCAGUGAUCUGGAGGAGCAGGAUGUGAUGCCACCGCUAUGA